UUUUCUUCAUUCGUUUAAAGCAGUUGUUUGUGUUUCUAUUUGAAUGAAAGUUUUAUUUUUUGUACACUUUUUGAACUGUAUUGUUUAAAUUUUGAGUCCAAAAUUAUUCACCUAUUCUCAUCUUUAUACUUGUCUUAUUACCGUUUUCGAAGUGCGUCAAUAAAAUGACUUCGGUUGUGGGACAUGUGCCCAUAUUUACAACUGGCGAAGCUUUGCCAGAUUGGGUAAAAUUUAAUUGGAACACCAAAGUUCAACAUGACAUCUAUAGAGAUUGGGGUACAUAUUACGCUGGCCGACGCCGACAAAACUUUGCUCAGUAUUAUUUCAGCAAGGCCAUGGAAUUGGAUGAGAAAGAUUAUAAAACACUUUAUCGACGAAGUGUGAACAAUGGAAAGGCAGCUCGCAUUGAUCAGGCACUAGAAGAUGCAAGAAAUGCAGCUGCAAUGAAGAAACGUGGUCAUAGUUGUCCAAUCAAUCUACAAAUUUGUGAUGCUCUCUUUCAACUAAACCAGUUUGAAAAUUGCAAUACUGAAUUGCACGACAAUUUGCGACGAUUCAUUGGAGUAAAGGCGAGAAAUUUUGAAACGCGUCGCGUUGUGGUUGAUGGUGUUAUUAAGGAUGUCACUGGCAAAGGACUUUCGCUCUUCUAUCUGAACUACCAGAAAGUCGUUGAACUAGUGAGCGCAAUCAUAAAAGCUAAUCAGACGAAAGAUGAUCGUCCCUUAUGGAAGAUAUUAAAGGAUUUGGAAAAAUGCGAUGUACUUAGCAUACCAGAAGAAGAGGAAGAGAUUCUGUCGCCACUGGAAGUGUCACGCAGAAAGCGAGCCUUUAAUGUCAUCCAUCAGAACUAUUUAAAUAAUUCAUGGCAGGACGUCCUCUUUAUGAAAAUUCUACGUUCAAAUCCAAACCUGCUGCUAGAACAGUGUAAAAAUUCAAAGAGUUUUCUAGCUGGUCUAUCGCAAUCACAAUAUGACAUUGUGCGACGAUUUAUAAAAAUGAUUCAUAGUCGUAAUCCCUUGUAUUAUAUUAAUUUUAUCAAAUUUUCAAACAAAAAAAUGCUGGAGAAAAAUAAGGAGGCACAUUUAUUCCGCAUUCAGUAUCAGACACAUCGCAAUAUGAUUGCUGAUCUAAAACAAAUUCGUCAGAUGCGCAAGGAAAAACGAGUCAAGAAACUGGCUGAAUAUAUCGAACAAAUAAUGGGGGAUUACUAUGUGAGAAAAACGAAUCGUGUCAUGUGCUGGAAAUUCGAAUUCAUAAAUGAGGUUUACAAUACUCUAGCACUGGCAUUAACUGAACAAUACUAUGUGCCAAACUAUUUCCGACUAUCGGCACAGACAUCGCACAACUCAUUGUUACUGCUUUUACGGCUGCCAAUGGAUAAACUAAAAGAUGCAGUUCCAUUUGUCUUUGGCGAUCGCUCAACUUAUCAAGAUGGCGACGUACAAGAUCCUCUUGCACUUAAAGCCAGAAAAAUUAUUACUCGCAUGGAGAAACGUUUAAGGUUUGUCAAGUUCUCUAUUGAGAAGUGCUAUUUGUAUCAUCAGAUAGCCAGCGUUCAUUUAACUCAGUUGCACUAUGACGAAUGUGUUCUCAAUGCUCGCAGAGCCAUCAAAGAAUGCCGAAACUGUAACAGCAUUAUAUGGCACUUCUUAAGUGUUCUACAAAUCAUCAAGGCAAAUGUGCUGCAACAUAAAGUUGAAGCCUCGAAGGAGUCUAUAGAGGAAGCUCUUCCAAUUGCCAAACAACUUAAUUAUCCACCUCUAAUGAAAUUUUUGGAAACCUGUUUCUUUUAUGUCGAAGAUGAUCUACAGAAGAAGGUCGAUUCGAUUGCCUCUCAACGGGCCAGCAAGGCGUCUGGCCUUAGUUAGAUCCGAUUUUACACUUUUCCAUGUAAAAUUUAAUAUAAUUUAAUAGAUACAAUAAAAGUAGAUAAUAUAAGCAGUUCAAAAAUCAA